GCGAUGGUGACAAGAGCAGGCCCUGAGAGGGAUCAAACUUUCUGGAUUUACUACGAUCAGCUUUUCGCUCAGGUGUCGCAAUAAAAUUGGUUGAUUCCUCCUCGGUGUUUCAGCCUUAUAUAUAUCUCCCCGUUCUGUCCAUCAGAUCAGUGUAGUAUCACCUUAGUUUUUCUUUAUUGAGGCUCGUGUUCGUUUAGAUGACGGCGCAGGUAGACUACCUGGUGGUGGUUUUCACCGCCACAUCUGGAGCGAGCGGAGAGCUGCUGGGUUCUGACGAGAAGGAUCUAGUCCAGGUGGUCUGGCAGCUGGUCAAUGUGAACAACAAAACGUUGGGCAGGGUGAAUGAGCUCCUCAUUAGGUCAGACCUCUCAGACUCCACAGAGGAAAAAACUGAGGAAGAUGUUGUGGUUGAGUGCAAGGAGGAGGACGAGACUGCCUCCGGAGCAGACCGUGUCUACACAGCAACCAGUCUUGACAGUGGUAUAAACAUGUUCAAUCUGCAGCUGACAAAUGAGGUGAACAGUGCGGGCGCAGGCACGUCGUUCUGUUUGUGUACAGACGGGCAGCUCCACAUCCGUCAAGUGAUUCACCCUGAGGCCGCCAGCAAGAACAUCCUGGUCCCAGACUUUUUCUACUCCUUCUUCGACUUACGGAAGGAGUUCAAGAACCACUUCCCCACCUCUGACCUCAAGGCUCUGAAUGCACUCGUCAUGGCAGAGUCUCUAAGCAUACCUGUCGACAUACCCACUGUGUGGGAUCCCACAGCCAAUCAGGAACCGCUGACGGUUCUCCCUGCGGAAGUAGCUGUCAAGCAGGUCCGGCUUAUGAGCAACAUCAUUCUCGCUUUGCUCUCUGAGCCAUACUGUCACAGAUUUUCUAACCCAGAGAGAGUUAGUGAGAGAUUUGAAAGUGGCACUUGCAGUAAAAUGGAGAAGGUGUGCGACAACACAGUGAUCAGAGCCAGAGGGUUGCCAUGGCAGUCUUCUGACCAGGACAUCGCUCGAUUCUUCAAAGGCCUCAACAUCGCCAAAGGAGGAGCUGCACUGUGUCUUAAUGCUCAGGGGAGGAGAAAUGGAGAAGCACUUGUACGUUUUGUCAGUGAAGAGCACAGAGACUUAGCCUUGCAGAGGCACAAACACCAUAUGGGCAACAGAUAUAUUGAGGUUUAUAAAGCAACAGGAGAAGACUUCCUGAAGAUAGCAGGAGGUACCUCUAAUGAGGUGGCAAUGUUUCUGUCCCGUGAGGACCAAAUCAUAGUAAGGAUGCGAGGGCUUCCCUUCAAUGCCACACAUGACGACGUGCUCAGAUUUUUUUCGCCAGAGGAUGAUUUGAAAGAGACUUGUCCCAUUAGUGGAGGGAAGGAAGGGAUCCUGUUUGUCCGCUACCCAGAUGGACGACCAACUGGAGAUGCUUUUGUGUUGUUUGCCUGUGAGGAACACGCUCAGUGCGCUCUGAGGAAACACAAGGAACUCCUGGGCAAGAGAUACAUUGAGUUGUUUAAAAGCACAGCAGCAGAGGUCCAACAGGUGUUGAACCGGUACUCCUCAGCCCCUCUGAUUCCUGUGGCACCACCCCCCCUGGUGUCGAUAAUGCCCUCAGUGCCUCUCCUGCCACCUCCCGGUAGUGUCAGGGACUGCCUCCGGCUGAGGGGCCUACCGUACACGGCGAGUAUCGAGGACAUUCUCACCUUUCUUGGGGAGUUUACACAAGAUGUCAGACAACAUGGCGUUCACAUGGUGCUAAACCAGCAGGGUCGCCCAUCAGGCGACUGCUUCAUCCAGAUGACUUCGGCUGAACGGGCACUCCAGGCAUCACAGCGGCUUCACAAGCAUGUCAUGUCCAGCCAACGUGGGGCCAACAGCCGCUAUGUGGAAGUGUUUCCCUGCAGUGCUGAAGAGAUGGGCCUGGUGCUGAUGGGAGGCUCGCUCUCACACACGCACACACACACACACAACCGGAGCAGGAGUGGGACAGGGCUCAGCCCGCCGCCAUGUAAGUCCAGACGUUUAUCUCCUCCAUCUUACUCCUUCACCCCGGUUCAACCAAUCCUUCCAACGGAUGCUGCUGCUGCAGCUGCUGCUGCUCUCUACCCUCCGAUCGGACAGGUUCUGCUGGCUCCUCGGCCCCUGCAUCCAGGACAUGCUUACUAUCCUGCAUCAGCUCAACUGUACAUGAACUACACAGCCUACUACCCCAGUCCCCCUGGCUCACCCAACACGCUUGGUUUCUUCCCGGCUCAUUCUUCCAUGUCCUCCCCUGGAGGGUUGAUGCGAAUGCCAGGCCUGCCCUACAAUGGCAGCGGAGUUAAAGACAUCAUCAGUGCUGUUCAAGGAUACCAGUAUGCUCCAGAGGAUGCUCUCAUCCACGCUCAAGGGGCCGUGCACACUCACGACCCGGCUAGGACGUUGCUUACACAGCCCAAAGAAUGGGUGUGUAUUUAAGGUGUCUGGGGCAGGUGGCAGGGUCCCAUGGAGUCUGUUUCUCUGCUAACCAACAGUCUCAUGGGUCAGACCAGCGCAGGAGAAACUUCUCUGAUGUCCCUUCCCCUCAUCACAAAGCCCGGAGGCCAGUUCCUGGAUCUGACCCUGCAGUAGCGUCGCACAAAAACAAGUAAUGCGUAUGUGACAAAUACUUGUUAGUUUGUGUUUCUUUUAUAAAUUGUCUUUUAGAAAUCUUAUUUAUAUUGUUAGUUUCAAAAAUUAAUGUAUUUUAUACCAAAUUUACUGCUGUCUUAGCGAAAAAAAUAGAUUUUUUUUUUAUAUUGCACAUUAUCUGUAUGUUAAAAAGCUUUAUAGAGAUUUUUUAACCUGUUAAGUUACUGUAAUCAUCAUACUUGCCAGCCAAACUAGAAAAGUAUAAUCUAGUAGCAACUGAGCUCAGACUUUUCUUCAAGUUUUUUUUUUUUUUCUGUGAAGAGUGAAAGGAACUGUGUGAAAGAGAUGUGAAUGUGAAUAUAAUGCAUGGUUAUUGCAAAUGUUUAUAUGCCUAUUGAGACAAGUACGCAGUGAUUGUACUGGAAGCUGUAGUGCAUGAAGAAAUUCUGUAGUAAAACUUAAGAUGUUUACAUGAUGCUAAAUACCAAUGCACUGCUAAGGAGUGAAAAUGUAAAGAGAAAUAAAAAAGCAGUAUGUUCUGAUGGCAAUGUUUGUCACAGCUGGUUCUGAUCUAGAAAAUAACAAAGGCACAAGAUUAACAGAUGACAUUGGUGGAAUUUUCAUAUGAUUGAAGUGAAACUUGUGAAACCAUAUCAUUGUAUUCUCUUCAAUAAAUGCAAGACAUGUGCAGGUACAUCUCAAUAAAUUAGAAUAUUAUUUA